UUGCCCGACAGUUUUCCUCCAUGGGAAUGUAUGGGAAGCGGAACUCCUCGCCCCGCACACCGCGUCCCUGCAGCAAGACAUCCUCGCCUCCGCCGCCGCGCCCACCCUCUCCACAUGCCCUGCGCCCUUUUCGCUCUGUCUCUGUCGAAAAUGCAAACCGGGGUUAUCCUUAUCACGGGCCAGCCACGCGUCUCUCACUCGGUCCUUAUCCUCAAAUGAAUGGGACAUAGCCUUCAUUGUCCCUGCUGAAAGAUAGUGCUGCUGGCUCUGAAGCCGCGGCGCAGCCUGAUCGCUCCCCACCGAGCCCCUGACCCGGAGCGUUCCCGAGACAUGUCAGCGGGUCUCUUCCACCGGCCUCCCCUGGCAGCGGGGUCACGGGGGGCGGUCGUCCGCCCGGGAGCAUCGCCCGGCCCGGCCGAGCAACCGCCGCCGCCUGAGAGCAGAGGGCGCCCCAGCCCCGCGCACCGCCGGGCUCCCGCAGCGCGGAGCGGCAGGCUGGGCUGUGCCCGGCGGCGGGGCUUUAAAACGAGGGAGGUGGGAAGGUGAGGGCAAUGCCCUGGGUUGUGGCAGAGGGUGCGGGAGUGCUGUGGCGGCCCCAGGGAGGCUUUUGGACGGGGUGGAGGGGGCUGGAGGGAUACCAGACCUGAAGCCCCCAGCGACGUUCAAGCCAGCUCUUCAGCUGCAGGAGCGCCCGGGAAAGAUCCGUUCUCUUCAGAAACGAGUUGCUUCCCUCUAUUGCAUUUUCCUUUUGUGUUUAAUGUGCAGACCGUCUCCUUAAGCAUGCCCAAAGCAUAAACGUCUGGGAUUUUUCAAUCCCUUCCGCCCAUGCCGCCCCCUUCGGCCGGUGAAGCGGGCUCCCGCGCCCCCCGAAAGGGCUGCACCUGUAGGCAGGCGGCCCGGCUUGUCCGUUCCCUCCGCUGCGCAGCUUCCCAGCUCGGCCGGGACCGGACCCGCCGCUGCCUCACGGAGCACGGCCUGGCCGCGGCGCGGGUGCGGAGGGUGGCGGAGCGUCCGCUCCCCUCGGGGUAGGUUGGUUGGCUUUCCCCUUUCCUCUCCCCGUCCUCUCCUCGCCGGCAUCCUCCCUGAGAGAGUUUUUAAGGGGGGGGGGUAAGGUGCGUUCGCGGACCUGGGGGCGAUUCUCUCCCUCCCACCCCCCAAUAUUUAAAGGCCAAUAUUUAAAACCUCGGGUCCGUGCGCCCCCUAAGCGCGAGCGCGGCGCAGCGCAUCCCCCGCCCGCGAGCCCGGGGAAGGGAAAAAAAAUAAAUAAAUAAGUGCGUGUGGCUUUUGAACUGCCCACAGACUGUCACAGGGAAGGGGGGAGGGAGGGAAAGAGGGAGGGGGAGAGAGCGAGAAAUGCAGAGGCAGCAGCCGCGGCAGCGGCGGCAUUGCUCCAGCAGGCACUAGUCACUCCGGUCCCGGCGAGCGAGCGGGGGAGCGGCGCGGCGCCGAGAGCGAGCGGAGCGGACUCCGGGGUGCCUGGGACUCUCUUGGUGAUACCCCAGCGCGCAGACACACAGAGCGGGGGCACAGGAGAACCACAGCGAGAGCUCCGACAUGGGAGGCAAACUGAGCAAGAAGAAGAAGGGGUACAGUGUCAAUGAUGAAAAAGCUAAAGACAAAGACAAGAAGGCUGAAGGAGCAGCAACUGAGGAAGAGGAAACUCCAAAGGAGGCUGAGGAUGCCCAGCAGACUACGGAGACCACAGAAGUGAAGGAGAACAACAAGGAGGAAAAGGGCGAAAAAGAUACUCAGGUCGCCGCCAAUAAGACAGAAGAAAAAGAAGGAGAGAAGGAGAAACCAAUGACCCAGGAAGAAAUCCAGAAACCAGAACCAGAGAAGUCAGAGGCUGUUGUUGAUGCGAAAGUAGAGCCACAGAAGAACAACGAACAGGCAACCAAGCAAGAGGAGCCGACUGCAGCCUCUGCUCCUGCUGCCAGUAGCGAAGCACCCAAAACUUCUGAGCCUAGCAACGAUGCAAAAGCUUCCCAGCCUUCAGAAGCCACAGCUCCCAGUAAAGCAGAUGACAAGAGCAAAGAGGAAGGGGAAGCCAAAAAGACUGAGGCUCCCGCAACACCUGCAGCCCAAGAAACUAAAAGCGAAGUGGCCCCAGCUUCAGACUCAAAACCUAGCAGCAGCGAGGCUGCGCCUUCUUCCAAGGAGACCGCGGCAACAGCAGCACCUAGUUCCACUGCUAAGGCCUCGGACCCUGCAGCCCCACCAGAGGAAGCGAAACCUUCUGAAGUUCCAGCGACUAAUUCCGAUCAAACCAUAGCAGUGCAAGAUUAAAAUGGACAGCCUGUUGAAACAACCACUUAAAACAACCUGUGUCUUUUUUUUAUUUUUUCAGCUCUACUAACUCGUUUCAGAUCUGAAAUAACAAAUAUGUAUUGCCCAGAAAGAAAAGGAGAAAAAAAAAAAGAAAAAUGAAAAGGAUGUCCCAUCAAGUUGGGAGGGAGGGAGGGGGGAGAAUCCAAAUAGUAUUUUUGUGGGGAAAUAUCUAAUAUACUUUCUGCCAACUUGACACAAGUCCUGGAUUUAAAAAAAAAAAAAAGUAAAAUAAAUGGAUGUCUGAAAGUACAGCACAUCUUUUGUAUCCGAACUGCUGUAAAUGCAUUCCACCAAUGUAUCAAAAUCUUCUUUUUGUUCUGUAAUGGGGUUUGGGAGUGAUGCGUUUGAUUCUGCCCACUAGGUUUGUGCCAAGGCAAUCAGAUCUUUAUGAAAGCAGUAUUUUCUGUGGUUUUUUUAUUUACAGCCUUUCUUAUUUUGAUAUUUUUUUUAUGCAGUGGAUGAAUGCCAACUUUCAGACAAAACCCACUUAGCUGUCCACAUAUUUCUCAAUGCCAAUCCUCCAAUUCUUCCUCUCCAAAUAUUUUUUGGGAGUAAAAAGCAUUCUCAUCCUACUUAGCCUACCUAGAUUUCUCAUGACGAGUUAAUGCAUGUCCGUGGUUGGGUGCACCUGUAGUUCUGUUUAUUGGUCAGUGGAAAUGAAAAAGUCUGCGUUCAUUGCAGUUCCAGUUUCUCUUCCAUUCUGUGUCACAGACACCAACACACACUCAUUGGAAAACAAAUGAAAAAACAAAAUGUACAAUGGAUGCAUUGAAAUUAUAUGUAAUUGUAUAAAUGGUGCAACAGUAAUAAAAGUUAAAUAAUUUAAAAAAUA